CUGCAGAGAUGGCGGGACAGGGCACAUUCCCCUGAAGGAGAUGCCGGCCGUGCAGCUGGACACGCAGCACAUGGAGAGAAGUCUGUCGGGAGAGGGAAAACAGAUGCUACAUGUCUGCCACAAAGUGCUUAGCAGAGCAUAUUUAUUCAUUCAUUUCUGUAUCAGUGAUUUGCUGAGUGUCUGCUAGAUGCCAACCACUACAUGGUCUUUGCCAUCAAGGAGGAGCUGGGCCCUGGAUGCUGUCCAGUUGAAAUUGCUGGAGGAACAGAUGUUGUUAUUGUAAAAAAUGGAAGAAGAAUAUGUGGAACAGGAGGUUGUUUAGCCAGUGCACCUUUACACCAAAACAAAAGCUACUUUGAAUUCAAAAUCCAGUCUACAGGAAUCUGGGGUGUUGGCGUUGCAACUCAGAAAGUUAACUUGAACCAGAUUCCCCUUGGCCGAGAUGUGCACAGUAUGGUGAUGAGGAACGAUGGAGCUCUGUACCACAACAACGAGGAGAAAAAUAGGCUGCCAGCAAACAGCCUUCCACAGGAGGGAGACGUGGUGGGCAUUACAUACGACCAUGUAGAAUUAAACGUAUAUUUGAAUGGAAAAAAUAUGCAUUGUCCAGCGUCAGGUAUACGAGGGACAGUGUAUCCAGUUGUUUAUGUUGAUGACAGCGCAAUUUUGGAUUGCCAGUUCAGUGAAUUUUAUCAUACUCCUCCACCUGGUUUUGAAAAAAUAUUAUUUGAACAGCAGAUCUUCUGAAUGCAUUUGUUUUUGAAACUUGUAUCUCUGCACUGUUAAAAGUGUUUACCAUUUAAUAAAGCUUUAACUGACCUAUAGAUGAAAAUAUAUUCUUAAAAAUAUGCUUGUUAUUGUUGUUUAAGCAAUGUAUUCGAUAUACUACCUGGAAAUUGUGUUUUAAAAUACUCAAUGUUUUGUGAUACAAAAUCAGCAUUUUGGGGAGUUGGUUUAUUUAAUUCUUAUUUAAAUAAAUAUAACUAUGGGUUUGAUUAUCAGUAUUAAGUGGAUAUAUGUAUAUAGAUAUUUAAAAGGGAAUCUUUCUUACAUAAAAUAUUUGUUUUGGUAGAGAUAUGGAGUUGGGUGGGGUUUUGUCAUUCUGAAGUUUAAAUCGCAUUAACUAUUUUAAGUCUGCAGUCCAAUAAUUUUGUGUCUCAGUGUCCUUUUUUAUAUAGAAUAUAACAAAGUGACAGAAAUUUAUAUUAUUAGCAACUUCAUUUUUAGCAAUUUACUGUAAAAUGUACACUUUUCUUAAAAUUUAAAUUGCUGAUUUUGUUUGUAUAUCAUUGCUUUUGAUUUACUUUCUGAAAGGAGAUAAAUGUUUUAGUAAUUGUUAGAGUAUUUUGUUGAAGACCAUUAACCUGUAUAACUUCAGUACCAGAGUAAGUAGUGGUUGAUUGGUGAUGUAGUGUACACUGGCAGACAUUUAGAAUAGUAUGAUGCUUUAAACUUAAAUGUAAAUGAGAUUAUUCUUUUAAGCACUUUUAUUUGUCUGUGUUUUCCUGUAAGGAAUAAUAAAGUAAUGGUAAUUAAGGAAGAUUCACUACUGUAUUAAGUACAUGUUCUUCCUGUUCUGUUUAUUAUGCAGUAAAUUUAUGUCACCCUGGAUUAUUUCAUGAGUUCAGAGAUAAGUGAAUUCUCUCCAUGACCCUGAGCCUUUGUCUAGUUUUCAGUAAGAAUCCCCGUCCUUUAGUUUACACCCUACUAACCUGAACUAAUCACUGCACACAUCUUUGGUACAGUCUCCUUUCUGAAUGAGUAUGCCAAGGGGACAUACAUUUCACUGUGUUAUCAUCAAUGAUGGCGCAGUAUGUUGUACUAGGAAAAGAUGGGCAUUAGAAUCAGAUCUGAAUUCUAAUCUAAUUAUCCCCUCCUAAUCCCAUUAUCCCCUCAGGCGAGUUCUUCCGGUCUCUCUGAGCCCAGGUUCCCCAUUUAUAAAAGGGACAAUCACACUUGUUUGAUAAGAUUCUAUAACUAGUUACAUGAGGUAAUAUAUAUAAAACACCUUAACCAUCAUAGGCACUUAAUAAAUAUAGCUUCCUUGUUGACUCUAAAGCAGUAAUUUUCAUAUUGUGGUCCUCAGACCAGCAGUGUCAGCAUCACCUGGGAACUUGUUAGAAAUGCACAUUCUCAGGUCCCCCCUCCCCACCUACUGAAUCAGAAACUGCUGGGGAUAGCGCCCAGGAAUCUGCAUUUGAACAAGCCCUUCAGAGGGUUCUAAUACCUGCUAAAGUCUGAGAACCACUGCUCAUAAGAGAAUUCUUGAGAAUGAUUGUCUAUAAAUUUUCUAAGAAUUUAAGAUAGACUACUUUUGAUUUACAGGCAAAAUAAUCCUGCACAAUAUUUAUUUAUUGCUUAUUUGGUAGACAAAAACAUGACAGUGUAUUUUGAAAACAGACAUACUUGAGUUACAUUUAUUUACAUAAAUCCCAAAUUUUACCUCUGAAGAUACAUAGAAUUAAAUUAACUGUAUGUUAUUUAUG